AUGGUGAUGAAAAUGUGUCGAAUUACGUUCUCUAUUGGGAAGCAGUACAUGUGCGAAGUUUUGUGUGAAAACGAUAUGGAUAUCGACCAUGUUAUUUUGGGCCGACCAUGGCAGUACGACAUUGUGGUUGUUUAUGCUUGUAGGCAAAAUACUUAUGCCUUCGACUGGAAAGGUAAGAAGAUUAGGCUGUUAACAUUCUGUUAUGACCCCAAACAGAACAAUAAAGAAACAAAUGCAGUUUUUCAGUUGGUGGAUGGACGUGCUCUGCUAGCCACGGGCCAAACUGAAAUUGACAUUAUGGCCUUAGUAGUGACAGAUACACAUCCCAAUUCCUUUGUUGUAGAUACACCUGAUACAGUUCGGUCAUUGCUGAAGCAAUUUGAGGACAUUGCGCCUGCGGAACUACCUGAGGGACUUUCGCCCCUGUGA